CUUGACCAAACAGAAAUGGCGGCGGCGACACGUGCAGCAGCAGCGGCGCAGUGUCUGCACGGACUGGCCCGUCGCCGAGCGCCGCCCCACGCUUUCCACCUACCCCGGCGGCGGACCGCCGUGCGCAUGGCCUCGACGGACGCGCCACAGCUCGGCGCCACCGUGGAUGUGCCGGGCGCGGCGGGGCCCGUGCGGGUCCUGGCGGCGGCGGGCCUCCCGGAGGCGGACUUCAGGAAGGCGCUGGACUCGGCGCUCUUCAGGCGGUGGCUGGGGAGCCUGCGGGCGGAGAAGGGCCUGCUCGCGUCCGGGAAGCUCGGCCUCCGGCAGAUCCUCAUCCAGGGGGUGGACAUGUUCGGGCAGCGCGUGGGGUUCCUCAAGUUCAAGGCCGACAUCGUCGACGAGGAGACCAGAGCCAAGAUUCCAGGGAUUGUCUUUGCAAGGGGGCCUGCUGUUGCUGUGUUGAUUCUUUUGGAGUCAAAAGGGCAAACUUAUGCUGUUCUUACUGAACAGGCUAGAGUUCCUAUUGGAAAAUUUAUAUUGGAGCUACCAGCUGGAAUGCUAGAUGAUGAAAACGGCGAUUUUGUUGGCACCGCAGUCCGAGAGGUCGAAGAAGAAACUGGCAUAAAGUUAAAUUUGGAGGACAUGGUUGAUCUUACCGCUUUGCUGGACCCUGCUACUGGGUGCAAAAUGCUUCCAUCACCGGGUGGCUGUGACGAAGAGAUUGGCCUGUUCCUUUACAGGGGGCAUGUGGACGACGAGACCAUCAGAGCUCUCCAAGGGAAGGAAACGGGCCUCCGGGACCAUGGCGAGCUGAUCAAGCUGCGUGUGGUCCCCUACGACCAGCUCUGGCGCUCGACAGCAGACUCGAAGGCGCUCUCGGCCAUAGCUCUGUAUGAGAUGGCCAAGAAGGAAGGCGUACUGCCGCCAUCUAGUGGCUCAUCGUCGAACCUGUAAACACCCAACGGGCCAUAGUUCGUUAUCUCCAGCGAAGUAGAAAAAGGCCGCGACAAUCAUGACAUAGCCAGUAUCACCAGUGCGCGAAUUUUACAUUCAAGCAAGUUUGGUGGUGGAAGACUUUGAUGUGAAAUAACUAAAUGUCAUCUAGAUGAUAGUUGUCAAAUCUGAAACAAUGUUGACUUGCAACUGGGAUUAAAUAAACUAUAAUCCUAGUUAAGGGUGAA